AUGACAACAGUAACAAUGAUAAAUAGUGUUGUUAUAACUCAAUCAUCACAAUCACAACAAAUAAUGGAUAGACCAGAGCGUGAACUUAGGAAAGCAAUGGAUAUAUUGGGUGACUUCAAUCCAUCCGAGACAAAAGUGAUGCGUACACUUGGUAUGAAGGAUGAUGAUAUCAAACUACAUCAACAAAUAAUGUUGGAUCGAUCACUAAGUUGCACCAAAGAGAGGCUGCCCGUAAACAAACGUCAUACAAUCAAGGCCCUGAACACACUUGGUAUCAACUAUUCAAAUGAGAAGUUGAUGGAUAUAUUUGGAUGUGAUGCAGACACUUUAUGCGAGGCUGAUAGUCAGGAACGUGAGGUGUUGGAUAUGAAGAUAAAGUCAAUGAGAGAUAGUAGAGUGAUUAUGAACAAACGAGCAUGUUCAAAGGCUUUGACAGUAUUGGGUGAGAAUCCCUCUGAUAUCAAGAUCAUCAAGUUAUUAGGUACACCAGUUGAUGUUGUAGUUGAUCAAUCACAACAACAACAACAGAGUAUUCCGACUACAACAACAACAACACAACCUCCUGACACUAAUGAUGAACAGUCAUCAUCAUCAUCACAGAGUACUCAUACAACAGAGAUGGAUGUGGAAAUGGAAGUUAAAGUGACAAGUGAUUCAACUAAU